AUGCAGGCUCUGCGCUGCACUCACCCUCCACGCGUCAUGAACGGCCUCUUUCUGAACUCUCUGUGCGGACGGACACGUAGUUUUGCAUCGACAUCAGCUGCGCGAGAGGCUGCGCGCGUGCCAUGGUUCGUCGACCCUAAUCCUGUCCCACAAGCCUUCGGCCAGAGGCAACCCCCUCCUCAUUUGCUGGCGAGACCUAUCGCCGCCCCGGCAGUUCCAGAAGAGGCCCCGGAUGUCCUCAAAAUUCUGCAUGCUGAGCUCUUACAGUCACCGCACCUCGAAACGUCUGAGCUGGUCGUGAAACCCGCCGUGCUUCCAGCCCCCGGACCGCCUCUGCCCAUUACCCCGCCUCACGGACGGAGAAAACGGGGUGGAACCUACCCUGGGGAGUCGAAUUACGACAACGGGUUGGGUGGUAUUUGGAGCUGGGUCGUCAUGGGCCAGGUGAAGGAGGGCACCGAAAACAGAGGUUCAAUAGAAUCCGUGGUCAGACUUGUUCGGAAGACACUUCUGAAGCGUGAACCACCUCUGCCUCUUCCCCCAAAGUCACGACGACAGAAUGGAAGCGAGUGGGUCAUGAUCGAUGCUGGUCAAUUCGCAAUUCAUAUCCUGAGUAAAGGUGCACGCGAGAGGUACUUCAAUCAAACAGGAUGGGAGUUAUGA